UUUUUUUUUCAGAUAGUAUAAAUGUUUUAAAACUCUGAUUAAAAAAUGUGUCGACUUGUUUACAGUGCGGAGGCCUGGAGGCUACUCCACGGAAUCGUUAGUUUGUAUAAACCUGCUGGUAUGCCCAUGUCAGUCCUAAUCAAAGGACUUAAUUAUUCUUUAGUGAGAGAUCUGAACAUGAUGGAACGGUUAGUGGAACCUCAGUAUUUAUUAGGAUCUUCUUCAUCACCAGCAGGGUUGGAUAUAUCUCGCAGAUAUUUUCCUUCUUCGCAGUCACAGCUCAUACAAAACAAAAUGGUUGUCAAUUUACCCAUAAAAGAGUUAUCUGAAUCAAAACAUAAACCUGAACCUGAGCUUGAAACUGAACCUGAAUAUUACGAAGAAAAAUUCACAUCAAUCGAUCGGAACAAUCAACUUGACGAGGAUUGUUUCGCGUCCGAAGAUAAGGAAUUGGAAGAAAAGGAGGAGAAGAAGGAAAUGGUUGAUUACUCCAGUCAUUUUCGGCUUUUAGGACCAGCAUAUAAUGUGGAAGAUUUCAAAUUUAAACCUGUAAAUUUCCUGCAGCCUAUAGCUUCCGGAGUCUGUGUAAUAGGUAUUAAUAAUUCUACACACACAGCUGUAAAUAUCAGAAAUGCUAAUCCACUUGUCACAUACGAGAUCCAAGCUGAACUGGGUAGUGCGACGAGUACGGGGUUUACUGAUGGGAAAACUGUUGCUAAAGCUACCUGGACACAUUUAAAGAACAGACGAUGGACAAUUGAUCAAAUUCUCUCAAAUAUUCAGGCAUCUCAUCAGAAGUCGGCCUGGGCCUCAACUAAUGUAUUGAUUGACUCACAGGAAGCAUAUGAGCUAGCUGCUAAAGGUCCGGUUAGACCCAAUUUGCUGACAGACACUUUAAUUUACAGUAUCAGAUGUAUUGAGUGGAAGCCUCCUCAUUUCUGUCUUAGUAUACAGUGCAUAGGAGACAGAGAUCAUAAGUUUCUCUUAGAUCUUAUCUCUGAGAUCGGAAUCAGAAUGAAGACUCAUGCUCAUACAACGGGAAUACGUUGUGCACAAGUUGGAAUAUUUACCGCUGAAGAUUCCUUACUACCGUCGCAAUGUGAUCUCGCGAGUGUUAUAAAUCACAUUGGACAAACCAAGAAGAUUGUUCGAAGCAAGAAGCCGUUCAUUCGACGAUCUAAUUUUAUUAGUUUUAAUGAUGUGUAUUCGUUGAACAAACAUGAAGCUGGUGAUGGUUCUCAAGUAAAAUCCCCGAAAGAUAGAUUACAGGUUUUAAUUAAAGAUAUUUAUAAUUAAAUUUUGUCAAAUUUUUCAGA